AUGUCAUGCGCCGUUUCGCCAACUGGCGAAAUGUCAUGCGCCGUUUCGCCAACUGGCGAAAUGUCAUGUGCCGUUUCGCCAACUGGCGAAAUGUCGUGUGCCGUUUCGCCAACUGGCGAAAUGUCAUGUGCCGUUUCGUCAACUGGCGAAAUGUCAUGCGCCGUUUCGCCAACUGGCGAAAUGUCAUGCGCCGUUUCGCCAGUUGGCGAAAUGUCGUGUGCCGUUUCGGCAAUUGGCGAAGUGUCAAUGCCGUUUCGCCCAGAAUUUGUACAGUUUCACCAGUUGGCGAAAUGGCACAUGACAUUUUGCCUAUCGAAAUCAGCAGCUGCAGGUGGACUGGCUAACAUUGAACAAUCACAGCAGCAACAGCAAUUACCACCACAAACAAAUGUUAAUAGUAAUAAUAAGAAGAAAAAACAAACAUUGAAAGCUGCAGUUAGUGUUCAGCCAGCAAUUGAUAAAGUUCAAGCAGGUGAUGAAGAAAGAAAUAUGCAGCAGACUGUUGAAUUGGAUAGUGCAGCAGUGCCAGUUAGAUUGCCACUACUAAGUCCAACAGCCUCUGGAGAAUUAGAAGAACAGCAGCAAGAAACAGACGACAAUCAAAGUGAAGAUGAAUUGAUUAUAUUGGAAAAUGAAUCAACGACAUUGAGAAGAAAUACACUUCCAAUUAUUGAUAUUAGUUCGUCUCCUGAGGAAGACUGUCAACGACCAACAACAACAGUUGUUGUUACUCCGCAACGUCUUCAGUCGUAUCCCUCAAAACCACCAGCAAUUGAUCUCAAACCAAAACAACGACAACAAUCAACAAAUGGCUCUUCAUCUACGUGGACAUCAAAUCUCACAACAAGUGUACCAGUCAGUCCACAACAUUUGACUAAUAAAAGAAUGGAAGAAUUAUUAUUGAUGUUGCCAUCACCACCCUCGUCAUCGUCAGUCUCAUCAGUAACAAAACAAUCUCAACGUCCACGAUCAACUUCUACUAAUUCUUCUCUUGGAUCUUUCUUUAAUACAAGCACGAUAACAACAAAUAUGAGAAACAAUCCAUACAAUGUUCAUGAUUUUGUUGACGAUAGCGGUGGUAGUAGUGGUGAUGAUGAAGAUGAAGUGAGUCGGAAGAAGAAGAAUGAUGAAGAAUUAACAGAUGAAACAUUGGUUGGUAAUGGAAAACAAACAUGGUCAAUUGUAGUUGGACCUAUUAUAAAGAGUUCAACAAAACGUGGAAGUGAUUCAUGGAUAAUGGAGGAUUAUUCUUAUAUUAAAAUGACAAAAGGCCCAAAUUCAAAUGGAUAUAUGCCAUACAGAUGUCAAGAACGUAAUAAACGUUGUACAGCUGUAAUCUAUAUUGAUCCGGCUAAUGAUUCAUAUGUUGACCAUAAUGAUGGAGUACAUUAUCAUCCACCAAAUGGUUUGAAAAUGAAGAAAAGUGUGAUGGUUCACGAUCUAAAAUCAAAAGCCAAAGAUAUAUCUGUAAAUAUUCCAGCAGCAGCUGAUAAGGCCUUGGUUGACUUAAAAUUGACAGAUGAAGAAAUGGUACAAAUGCCAUUACCAAAAUCAGUUGCACGUUCAGCUUAUCGAUCUCGUCAACAGCUGUUUCCACCUCUACCGACAACACAGAAAUUCGAUUUGCCUGAUCGUUUCACAAAAACCGUGAGAGGUGAACCAUUUAUUUUGUAUGAUGGUUUUAAGACGAAAUAUGGUGGACGUCUAACAAUAUUUACAAAAGAUGAAUUUUUGGAAUAUCUUACUGCUGCUGAAUUAGUGUUAGUCGAUGGAACGUUUGGUGUUGUACCAGCUAAAAAAUUAGGAUUUGAUCAGUUAGUUGUUAUAAUGGGAAAAGUUGGAAUCGAAGGUGUAUCAUUGGCUUGGGCUUUGACUUCAAAUCGUAAACAGGAAACAUAUGAUAAAAUUUGGAGUGUAAUUAAAAAAUGGGCAUCUGAACAUCAUACACAAAUGAAUGUAAAAAGAUUCAUACUGGAUUGUGAACAUGCACAAAUCAAUUCAAUUGAGAAAUAUUUUCAUAGUGUUGAAAUCACCUUGUGUUGGCUCCAUCAUGUAAAAUGUUUAUUAAAACAUGUUGGAAAAGAAGGUCUUAUUACCAGUUAUAAGAAAGAUCCAACAGUUCGUCUUUGGAUACGAAGCUUUAUGGCUUUGCCAUUGGUUGACAACAGUAUUUUUCCAAUUGCUAUUGAAUAUCUACGUGAAAAUCGCCCUGAUGAUAUUAAAUGUUUGGAAUGGUUACGUUAUUGGGAACAUCAAUGGCUUGUUACUGUACCACCACAAUAUUGGCAUGUCGGAAACUAUAAUCCUCGAUCCAACAAUUGGAUAGAAGGUUACAAUAACCGUCUGGGUAAUCGAUUUGGAAAUCAUCCAAACAUGUGGCUCUUUAUGCAUCAUCUGUUGAUCGAAGAGCAAGUUAUUCAUCAACGAUUACAACAAUUGGAAGCUGGUAAAAUUAAAAAGAGUGGAUCAACAGUUGCAGGUGAAAAUGAUCGUAUCAGCAAAUUAAUUGAUACUUUGAAUGAAAAAUAUAUUAAUGGUGAAUAUACAGUUGACCGCUAUUUGUCAGCAUGUACUCACCUGGUUGGAAAUGCUGAUGUUGGAGCUUCCAAUGCAAAUCGUAUCGCACCAUUGACAGUAGCAACAAUUCCAGUGACAACAUCACCACCGUCGAAAAAACGAAAGAAAACAACAACGACCAAACGUCUUCAGUCAUCAACAUCUUUACCAGUUACUCAACCACAAGGUGGUCAUGGAAAGAGAUCAUCAACAACAGCCCCAGUUCAAGAUGGAGAAGAGAAUGGGGAAGGCGGAAGCCAAGAUGAUCCACAAUCGUCUGGUGAGGUGGAAGAAGUGUCGGAUGAUGACGUUACAACUGCCACAACAACAACAAUAACAACAAUACGUGUAACACGAAGUGGCGACAGCUCUGGUUGUGGCAGUUCAUCUGGACAAGGAACUCUUGGACGUGGUCGUGGUGGCGGAAGAGGAAGAAAAAGUAAAAAUGAUACGGCCAGUAGAAUUGCAAAUUUGUCGGAUAUUGAUGAAAAUAGUGAUAGUAGUUAG